AUGGCACAAUCUUCAGCUCCUCCCAUCGAAAUCUCCUUUCCCCUCCCAAAGUCGCCCGAUACAAGAAUCUACCUCCGUCUCACGAUUCAAUCAACCUCUCUACUACUUUUCCUGACCACAGCUUUGAAUGGCGACCAAUCUGCAGUGCCACUUGGUUCACUCGUUUAUGCCAUUCCAGACCGACUGAAUGCAGGCCAAGCACUCUCUACACCACUGCACACCUCCGAACCCACGUUGGAGUUUACAACCCGUUUGGCAAAGCUCUUGGCACGUCGGACCGGGAAGCCAGCUUAUGUUGGGAAUUCUAUAAGCUUUGCGAGUGCUGGGAUGGGUGGGACGGUUGAAGAGGAGAUAGAGGGGUUUAAGAAGGUCGUGGAGGUCGUCAUGGGUGAGGUUGGGACGGGCGGACGAGUUGUCAAUGGUACAUGA